AUGUAACCCUAAGACGAGACUUCUAACAUUAUUAUACAUAUUCAAGAAGAAUGUAAAAUUGUUAUCGAUUUCACUCAAUUAAGGAGAGAGCAUUACAAUGUAUUAUCAAAAAAAGAAAAAGAUGAGGCAGUGUAAAUGCUAGGACCAAAUCCUUUAUUUGAUGAUUUUAAAAGAGUUAGUUAGGCAAUUGGAACUACUAUAAAAAACCUUAAAAGAUGGUAAAGAUGUGGUACUGAAAGAAAAAAAGGUUGUGGUCGUAAAAAACUUAAUCCUUAUGCUGAAAAGUAAUUGAUUGAAUGGGUUAUACAGAGAGUUCAUUAAAUACGCAGAAAAAUCUCUAGAUAGGAAUUAAAAUGCAAAGCUUUAGAGUUAUUCAAAAAUCACAAUUUUUGUGCAUCCAAAGGAUAUCUGGAUAAAUUUGUUAAAUCCUAUUAAUUAAAACAAAGGAUGAAUGAGUAAUAUAUUCUUAAUAAUAAUAGUAUCUUAAAAAGCAUUGGAAAAUAAAAAAUAAAGAACUUUUCCAAAUAACAAUAAUAAAGUGAUAUCAAAAUUGAAGAAGAACUAUAAGAAAUUACUGUUAAAAAAGAAGAAGAUGAUAUCAAAAUAGAAAAUCUUAACUUAGAACCCAGUAAAAGUUGCUCAACAUUUUAAACCUAAUGA